CAACCCUUGGAGGAGAGCCGUAAAGUGUCGUGUGAGGAGGUCAUUAGAAAACGGGGAAGGUCUCUUCUCUUCCGUGGUCUCGGGCAGUUUUGUUUUGGUUCCGUGUGGCCUCCGUUUCGAGUCGACAUGCUGCGUUUGUUGCUGCGGCUCCGGCCGUGUGCUCGCGCCGGGCCCCGGGUCCUCCCGGCACGGCCUGUCGCGCUCGGCUCUCGUCCCAGAUCCAGCGGUGAGAGGCGGCUACACGGCGGAGCCGGGUCACGAACGUCGGCCUUGGGCUCGGUGUACAGUCACAGAGCCGGCCUGCUACGGUCUUCCCAACUGGUGGGUUCCAGCCCGAACAUACGGUUCUACAGUCUGCCGCCCCACAGUAAGGUGGAGCUUCCUGCUCUGUCACCCACCAUGCAGACCGGGACCAUCGCCCGCUGGGAGAAGAAGGAGGGGGACAAGAUCAGCGAGGGCGACCUUAUAGCCGAGGUGGAGACGGACAAAGCCACAGUAGGUUUUGAGAUGCUGGAGGAGUGCUACCUGGCAAAGAUCCUGGUUCCCGAAGGCACCAGAGACGUCAACGUUGGAUCGGUGAUCUGCAUAACCGUGGACAACCCAGACCUAAUCGCAGCCUUUAAGGACGUGACAUUGGACUCUAUCAAAUCCACUGGCGCUGCUCCUUCCCCUGCAGCCUCGGCUCCACCCCCUUCUCCUGCAACCGCUGCUGCUCCGCCCCCUGCAGCUCCGGGCAGUUCCUACCCGCCACACAUGAAGAUUGCACUUCCGGCUCUUUCUCCCACCAUGACGAUGGGCACGGUGCAGCGCUGGGAGAAGAAGGUCGGCGAGAAGCUCAGUGAAGGAGAUCUUCUGGCAGAGAUUGAAACUGACAAAGCCACCAUCGGAUUCGAGGUUCAAGAAGAAGGAUAUUUAGCUAAAAUCUUGGUCCCGGAGGGAACUCGGGACGUUCCUCUGGGACAGACGCUCUGCAUCAUAGUAGAAAAAGAAAGCGACAUCGGUGCCUUUAAGGAUUAUAUCGAGACCGGUGUGGCAGAGGUCUCCAUGCCCCCACCACCUCCAGCUCCUGCAGCGACUGCAUCUCCUGCAGCUGCUACACCAACUCCUGUAGCCGCAGCUCCUGCAGCGCCCAGGAAAGGGCGUGUGUUCGCCAGUCCACUUGCCAAAAAACUGGCAGCUGAGAAGGGCAUCAACUUGGCACAGGUCAGCGGCUCUGGACCUGAUGGACGUGUCACUCGGAAAGACAUUGAAAGCUUCGUUCCUCCAAAGGCUGCACCCGCAGCAGCUGCUGCUCCCUCUCCAGCGGCUGCAGCUCCUCCUUCACCUGCUGCUCCGCCCGCUGCUCCAGCUGGCACCUUCACAGACUUUCCCAUCAGCAACAUCCGCAAGGUCAUCGCUCAGAGGUUGAUGCAGUCCAAGCAGACCAUCCCCCACUAUUACCUGUCUGUAGACGUCAACAUGGACCAAGUACUGGAGCUUCGAAAGGAGCUGAAUGAGGAGGUGAAAGCCCAGAACAUCAAGCUGAGUGUGAACGACUUUAUUAUCAAAGCCAGCGCACUGGCUUGCCUCAAAGUCCCAGAAUGCAACUCCUCCUGGAUGGACACAGUCAUUCGCCAGAAUCAUGUGGUGGACGUGAGCGUGGCAGUGAGCACAGCCAACGGUCUCAUCACGCCAAUCGUGUUCAACGCCCACAUCAAAGGCCUGGCUGCUAUCGGCGCCGACGUGGCGGCUCUGGCUGCCAAAGCCAGGGAGGGGAAGCUGCAGCCUCAUGAGUUCCAGGGAGGAACGUUCACCAUUUCAAAUUUAGGGAUGUUUGGAAUCAAGAACUUCUCCGCGAUCAUCAACCCCCCCCAGGCCUGUAUCCUGGCAGUUGGAGGCUCGGAGAAACGGCUGCUGCCCGCCGACAAUGAGAAAGGGUUUGACGUGGCCAACAUGAUGUCCGUCACGCUGAGCUGCGACCACCGGGUGGUGGACGGGGCGGUGGGCGCCCAGUGGCUGGCGGAGUUCCGGAAGUUCCUGGAGAAACCCGUCACCAUGCUGUUGUGAUGAGCUGGCAGACGCUGCUGCGCAGGACGAACGCCUUUAGGUCACUCCCAGUUACCCCGAAGAGGCAGAGGCGACAUCACUCCACCCACCCGUCUGUCCAUCUGUCCCUCCUUUCUAUUUAUUGUGGCCCCCCCUCAUCUCAAACCAGAAUUAGCUUUAAUUUAUCUAAAAAUGGGGAGCGGCUUCAUCUGCAACUGAUCAAAGGGAAGUGUUUAUCCAGAGGCGUCUUUGUGUGUCUGUGUGUUUCUGCACAACAAUCUGUGUGAAGAGGAAGUGCAGUUUAUCUUUUUAAAAGCUUUAGGAAACGUAAAGAUGUGCAGACCCACACACACACACCUGACCAUUCAGCUGAAAUCCCUGGUUUACAGUAUUCUUUACUGUUCUGUAUAUUUAUGUACAUCAGGUAAAAAAAUCUAAAUACUAUUUCCUCUUGAAAAUAAACCUCUCACUGUAGUUUUUCUUUUAUUAGUUUCUGAAAUACUCUUAAAGCUGAAACGCACAAAGUGCUAGUUUUUAUUUGAAUAAAUUGGGGGGAUUUCAACCUGGUGCCAUUGGUAUGUGAAGCUCAGAACACGCAGAACCAUACGAAGGUGGUUCACAAUUAAAAUACAGAACUGUUGUUUGGAAACUCUUCUAUGUACAUCUUCCAGACAAUAAAAGGAAACUCCCUCAAACUUGUCUGGA